AUGUGCGUUUGUCACGUGCUACAGUAUUUUCCAUCUCGAGUCCAUCCCUUUUAUUGGAUUUUGUUCUCGGCGGGGGAAAUCCAGCCUCUCCGGCAUUCCCACGUGGCCGAGCAAGAUCGGAACACGUGGCGGCGUGCUGAUAGCGCUUCUUCUCUGCCACAGAUUGACGCACCCAGAGGCAUGUUAGUCUAUGCGAAGUGCGGUAGCAGUUGGAGACCUUCCUUUGCUUCAGCUUCACUGCUGUUCUUUGCCAUGGAAUGUCAUAUUAUGGAGACGUUGAGUUAUUGUCCUGACAACCACUUAUUGUUAUUUCCAUGGCAAUCGAGAAAGUUAAUAUUGGAACGUAUUCGUCACUUUCAAUGUGAUGCGGCUGCAUGGAGAUUGAGAAUGGAAUCCAAAAUGUUAAUUUAUCCAAAAUUAGCUUCCACUGGGAGAAAUUUUAAGCACAGCAUAUCCUGGAGAACAUUUGCCAUGCCUCUGAGUCUGGAAAAGGAAUCUUCAUCACCAGAACCAGAAAACUACUCCUGCAAUGAUGAUGAUGCUCCUAAGACUUCUUCUGAAGAGCUUCUUGAAAAUCCAUUGAGCAGUGACGAGUUGAAGGCUUUGCUUGCUGAUUCUGAAAGAGCAAAACUUAUCAUGAAACUGAGUGAAGCUAAUCAACAGAAUCGAUUCCUCAAGCGACAGUUGAAUAUAAAGGAGGGUGCACUGGCUAAUUUCAAAACUGAACUUGCUGUCUCGGAACUGGAGAUUCAGGCUUUGGUUGCACUGGCUGAAGAAAUAACUAAAUAUGGCAUUCCAGCAGGUUCAAGAAAGAUCAAUGGGAAGUACAUUCAGUCCCACCUUCUUUCUCGGUUAAAAGCUGUUGAUGAUAAAUUGAAGGAACACACAAAGGGUGUGGAGGCUGCACAGUCCAAGCAGGUGCACUUAUUCUGGUGUGGCAUGGCUGAGAGUGUGCAAGUAAUGGGCACCUUUGAUGGCUGGAGUCAAGGAGAGCACCUGUCACCAGAGUAUGAUGGUUCUUACACGAAGUUUUCUACAAUGGUAAUGCUCAGACCUGGAAGAUAUGAAAUCAAGUUCUUGGUGGAUGGAGAGUGGCACCUCUCGCCAGAAUUCCCUACCGUGGGUGACGGACCAAUGAAAAACAACUUGUUGAUUGUGGAAUAGCUCCAGGUUUGCACUGAUUUUGUAUGAAGUUCAGGGAAAAUGAUAUUGCUGCCUCGGUAAUUUUUUUCCCUCCUGAUGUAUAUUUUCUCCAAGUAAAUUUAAUGUUGAAGCUGAUGUAUAAAAGAUAACACACAGUUGAAGGUUUUCUGAAUGGAAUUUUCCGAAAUAAUUAUCGAGUUAAAAGUGGAAGCAA